AUGAACGAGCAAGCCGGGCCUCCGCUUCGAAUGAAGCUCUCUGCGAACGAGACUCCCGGCUUCAUCAGAUUUCAGAAGCGCAUGCACAAUCAUAUUCUCCAUCAUCUAUUGGUGAUUUAUGCCUUGGGCGCAUCUCCAGAACAACUAGAAUCCGCAUACAGACGCAAUGCAGACUAUCAGAGGCCAAGGCGAGACAGGUCAUCGCUGACUCUGAAUCUGGCCGACCCUGAACAAUUUCGUCAACAUCUCGAAAAGCCAGAGUAUUAUGAGGACUACCUCGAGUUUUUCAAGGGCGAAGUCACGACCAAAGGAAUCGAAAAGACUCUGAAGGAGUACGUGUUUGCUGGGACUGAGCGGGCCGAUGACAUGCUGGCUCGAAUGUAUGGUGGUCUUCUCCAUCCAAUUAUACACCUUGGAUACGGGCUUGAGUUCCAGCAGACUCUUAUUGUGGCCGAAGCAUUAGCCUCCGCGGCAAUUCACGACACUUUCAUGGCCGGAAUUUGCAUUCCAGCAGAAAAGGCAGCACGGGAACGAGCCUCGACAUCCCAGGUGACCAUGAUGUCCUUGGUCCACCACUUGCAAUCAGAACCCACGAUAUUAGCCUCGAUCUCGGAGGAGGAAACCCACAAUAAACUGGCCACCGACCUAUUUCCCCGGGCUGGGAAACUGUUGAUUGACAUUGUCUCCGAGUAUACGGUUAAGCCCGACUAG